AUGGGUCAUAGUUCCUGGUGUGGAACACCCUCUAAAGCAACUAUUUCUAAGGCCCGGACACAUAUAGAUGAAUGCAUGGACCAACCUUCUCCCUGUGGCUACAAAAGUAGAUGUAAUAAUAUGUUAGGCUCAUUCAUGUGUUCUUGUCUAGCUGGCUACCGAGCCAUUUUACCAUCUGGACCCACCCAAUUUAAAUGCACAGACAUAAAUGAAUGUAAUGAGCAGCCUUCUCCCUGUGGCAAUUACAGUACAUGUAAUAAUACAAUUGGAUCAUUCACCUGUACCUGUCAGGCUGGAUACAGAGCCAUUUCUCCUUCUGGACCCACCCGAAUACAAUGCACAGACAUAAAUGAAUGUAUUGAGCAGCCUUCUCCCUGUGGCAAUUACAGUACAUGUAAUAAUACAAUUGGAUCAUUCGUGUGUAAUUGUCAGGCUGGAUACAGAGCCAUUUCUCUUUCUGGACCCACCCAAAUACAAUGCACAGACAUAAACGAAUGUAUUGAGCAACCUUCUCCCUGUGGCAAUUACAGUACAUGUAAUAAUACAAUUGGAUCAUUCACCUGUACCUGUCAGGCUGGAUACAGAUCCAUUUCCCCUUCUGGACCCACCCGAAUACAAUGCACAGACAUAAAUGAAUGUAUUGAGCAGCCUUUUCCCUGUGGCAAUUACAGUACAUGUAAUAAUACAAUUGGAUCAUUCGUGUGUAACUGUCAGGCUGGAUACAGAGCCAUUUCUCCUUCUGGACCCACCCAAAUACAAUGCACAGACAUAAACGAAUGUAUUGAGCAACCUUCUCCCUGUGGCAAUUACAGUAUAUGUAAUAAUACAAUUGGAUCAUUCACCUGUACCUGUCAGGCUGGAUAUCGAGCCAUUUCCGCUUCUGGACCCACCCGAAUACAAUGCACAGACAUAAAUGAAUGUAUUGAGCAGCCUUCUCCCUGUGGCAAUUACAGUACAUGUAAUAAUACGAUUGGAUCAUUCACCUGUACCUGUCAGGCUGGAUACAGAGCCAUUUCUCCUACUGGACCCACCCAAAUACAAUGCACAGACAUAAAUGAAUGUAUUGAGCAACCUUCUCCCUGUGGCAAUUACAGUACAUGUAAUAAUACAAUCGGAUCAUUCACCUGUACCUGUCAGGCUGGAUACAGAGCCAUUUCCCCUUCUGGACCCACCCGAAUACAAUGCACAGACAUAAAUGAAUGUAAUGAGCAACCUUCUCCCUGUGGCAAUUACAGUACAUGUAAUAAUACAAUUGGAUCAUUCACCUGUACCUGUCAGGCUGGAUACAGAUCCAUUUCCCCUUCUGGACCCACCCGAAUACAAUGCACAGACAUAAAUGAAUGUAUUGAGCAGCCUUUUCCCUGUGGCAAUUACAGUACAUGUAAUAAUACAAUUGGAUCAUUCGUGUGUAACUGUCAGGCUGGAUACAGAGCCAUUUCUCCUUCUGGACCCACCCAAAUACAAUGCACAGACAUAAAUGAAUGUAUUGAGCAACCUUCUCCCUGUGGCAAUUACAGUACAUGUAAUAAUACAAUCGGAUCAUUCACCUGUACCUGUCAGGCUGGAUACAGAGCCAUUUCCCCUUCUGGACCAACCCGGAUACAAUGCACAGAGGCAGAUUUAUUAUCUUCAAGAACAUCCCCUCCGACCACUGUCAUCACCUCCACCGCCCUCUUAUACACCAGCCCUAUUACCUGCCCUGCUGGGUAUGUCUUCAGUUCCACAGACAAAGGCAUGGAGUGCUCAGGUACACAAUGGUGCAAUGUUACUAUCCCGAGACAUGACAAUUGA